CCAAGUACGGUUUUAUCCUUCUUCGUUUUUGGUCUUAUGCUUUAUUUCACCUUUACCGUGACGAUCUCUGGAGCCCAAGAUAUCAUGGCGGCAAGUAACAUCCAAACGUCCAUGAAUCUGAUCGCUCACAUGGUACCGAUAUCCCUUAUUACAGUAGUCUUUCCUUACUUCAUAAGGGAGAUACCGUAUCUUAUUCGUGUGUUUGUAGUUUCUGUAACCAAUGCUGUUGGGUUUGUGAUCGUGGCAUAUGUGAAGCAGGCUGAAUGGAAGCUGUUUGGUAUUAGUCUUGCUUCAGUUGGUUUUGGUUUUGGUAACAUGAGUAUCAUUGCACUUACAUCGUACUUUAAGACUUCUGUCUUCGCUGCCUAUUCAGCAGGUACCGGAGCAGGAUUCUUGGUUGCGCCAUUUUAUUACACAGCGAUGACCACGUGGGGCUGUAUAUCACCCAGCAUAACCCUGGUCUUAGUGGCACCAUUAUGCACCCUGUUUCAGGUCAGCUACUAUUUCAUUAGCAAGAAUCAAACAGACCAAACCAACUACAAAGGGUACCAACAGGUACAAACCACUGAUACAGACGACGAGCAGACAGACGAGAAUCAACAGAAAGUACCCCAAACGGAAUAUAGCGACAGCUUGUCAAGGAAAGAAAAAAUGUCAAUUAUACUCAAGAUGUUGUCCCUUACUUUCGUGCCGGUAUAUACAACCUUUGUUUCUUAUUUUACCUUAAUUCAAUCGGUUACUACCACCAUUGCCUACAAGAACUCUCCCUUCAGACCACGUGACCACUAUCAGUAUUACAUCUUUAUCUUUAUGUUCGGGGAGUUGGUUGGUCGAUCUCAUCGUUCAGUGAUUUCUUUCUUYAAUCCUCGCUGGCUUUACUUUCCCACCUGCACGCAAUUAUGGGUUUUGUCAGUCCUCGUGUUCCUCCAUUUUCUGUUCGCAGUUUUCGAAUCUUGGUACCGCUUUUUAACAGGAGUGACGACCAUUCUGAUGACCUGCUUAUCAGCGGGUAUCCUAGGAGGCUUUCUGUUCAGUAUCUUUCCUGAAAUCUUGCGUUUACGGUUAACUAUAAGAGAGCGCGAGUUUGGCAUGGGUUACGCUCUGUCUCCUGUAAGUACAGGCGUACUGAGUGCUGGCAUUGUCGGCCUGUUUGUCGAGCCAAAAUUAUUGGAACACUGUACGUCAACCGUUUUAGACACUGCUUACUGCUUCACUCGACCUGAAUCUUUCAAAGACAUUAUUUCUCAUUGUGGAACCACACUACCUUAGCUGUAGGACUUGGAGGAUUUAGGAUCAACACAAUACAAUAUAAUAGUUAAUCCGGCUUAAUGAUGUUGCAASCAAAAAAUUCUCCAAACCUUCCCAGGCUACAAAAGUUGACCGGUUCCGCAUUCACUCUUCCGCCCCCUCCCUGACUCCCAUGUAGACAUGCUGCAAGGUAACUAGAUAUCCAUGUACGAUACCAAACCCGACUUUUGCACCCGAGAGAAAAUGUUCGAGCCAUACGUAUU